CACCCAACUCAAUUAUAAUCCCAACUACCUUCUUCUCUUGUCCUCAUUUUCAACCACCUAGCUACUGAGAACCCAAAAAUGCCUACACUAGUAGCCGAAGAGUCCCAAAUUACCAAUUUGAAGCUCAUGUUUGGUGCUUCAGGUGUCAAAGCCAAUGAAUUAGUGACAACUUUGUCCUCAGAAGCUACUAUCUUUGAUAUCAUUCAAGCCAUUAUCAAAACCAAACCAACUGAAAUUGAUUCACCAUUUAGUGUCCUUGAUUUAAGGGUAGUUAUUGACCUCAUGAACAAAUGGACUACAAACCUUCCAACUGUGAAGCCUUUCUAUGCCGUUAAGUGUAACCCAAACAUUUCACUUCUAAGCACACUGGCUUCACUCGGCUCCAAUUUCGACUGUGCAAGUAAGGUCGAAAUCGAAUCCAUUUUAUCACUUGGGGUUUCACCCGAAAGAAUCAUCUACGCCAACCCGUGUAAACCGGAAUCACACAUUAAAUAUGCUGCAAGUGUCGGUGUCAAUGUAACCACCUUUGACUCUGUUGGAGAAGUCGAAAAAAUAAAAAAGUGGCAUCCAAACUGUAAGUUGAUCCUUCGGAUUAAGCCGGAGGAAGAAACCGGAGCACGGUUUUGUUUGGGUCUCAAAUAUGGCGCUCUUCUUAAUGAAGUUCCGAAACUACUCAAAGCUGCUAACAUAGCUGGACUUAAAGUGACGGGCGUGGCAUUCCACAUAGGUAGUAUGGGAGCCGAUGCACAAGCUUACCGCGGAGCCAUUUUAUUGGCUAAAGCUGUUUUUGAAACGGCUUCACGACUUGGAAUGCCGAAAAUGAAAAUUCUCGAUAUUGGUGGUGGAUUCUCUUCUGGAUCGAAAUUUGACGAAGCGUCGUUAAGCAUUCAUGAUGCAAUUAAAUCUUAUUUCGAAAAUGAAGAGGAUCUUGUUGUUAUUGGUGAGCCAGGUACUUACUUUGCGGAAACCGCAUUCACCUUAGCAACAAAAGUGAUUGGGAAACGUGUGAGGGGUGAAUUAAAAGAGUAUUGGAUCGACGAUGGAAUUUAUGGAACUCUUUGUAUGACUGUUUAUGAUUAUUUUAUUAUAAAGUGCUCAACACUUAGGUUUGAUUCAAAACAUGAGAAUGCUACAUACAAAGACACCAAAACUUACCCUUCAAUGGUUUUUGGACCCACUUGUGAUUCGACUGAUACGGUUCUUAAAAAGUACCCAUUACCCGAACUUGAAAUGAAUGAUUGGCUUGUGUUUUCAAAUAUGGGUGCUUAUACAACUUCUUGUGCGACCAAUUUCAAUGGGUUUAGCUCCUCAGCUAAAAAUACUUACAUUGCCUAUUCAAGUUGAAGUUCUGUCGCAAGAGAACAAAUUAUGAAAAACGGGAAUAUUGAGAGAAAUAAGAGCACCUAUACAUUCAUCAUUGAUUUUUGCUAUUAUAUUGUACUGGUGUUUGAUAAGCCACAUAUUUUUUUUUCAUCAAAUGCUUCUUUUCGUUUGUUUUUAA